UAAUCCUUUAUUUUUAUUUAUUUAUUUAUUUAAUUAACAUGAUUUAUAAAUCACAUCUUCCUGAUAUACCGAUUCCUGAUAUUGAUAUUUAUUCCUUUUUAAUUCAAGAUAAUGAACACAAUACAAAGCCUGGUGCUGAAAAUACUGUAGUAACUAUUGAUGGUCCUACUGGUAGAACUUUGACACAUGGUCAAGUCAAAGAUAUUUCUAGUCGACUUGCUGCUGGUUGGAUUGAUCAUCUUGGUAUGAAAAAAGGGGAUACUGUAGCUGUAUUCGCUCCAAAUCAAUAUGAUCAUGUCAUACUUUACUUUUCUCUUAUGGCUACUGGAUGUACAAUUACUCCCGGUAAUCCAGGCUAUACCGAAGAUGAGUUUCAGCAUCAACUUUCCAACUCUGGUGCGCAAACAUUGAUCACGGUACCUGAGUUGUUACCUGUGCUUUUAAAAGUGUGUGACAAGAUUGGUCUUUCUCGUGAACGUAUAUUCUUAUUUGGUGAUAAACAAGUCAAUGGAUGCAAACCUUUCUAUUCUCUUUUACCCAAUGAUCCUCAACGUCGUGUAGUGGCUCCUCUUCAAGGUAUCAAUCCAUCUGAAGAUGUUCCUUUUAUUUGCUAUUCAAGUGGUACCACUGGUGUGGCCAAAGGGGUUUGUAUUACUCACCGUAACUUCGUUGGCCAAGUCUUAGUGAAUUUGAAUUUUGAUCCUGACAACAACAGCCGUGAUGAUGAUCGAUUGGUUGCGUUUUUACCCUUUUAUCACAUCUAUGGUUUGACUGGUAUGGUGAUGAAUAGUUUUUAUCGGGUGAUUCCUGUGGUGGUGAUGCAGCGAUUUGAUCUAGAACUCUUCUGUCAACUUGUGGAACGAUACAAGAUCACCUUUGCUAACAUUGUUCCACCCAUUGCUGUUCUUUUGGCCAAAUCUCCUAUUGUCAAGAAAUAUAACAUGUCCUCUCUUGUUCGAUUGGGUUCUGGUGCUGCUCCUCUUGGUGAUGAACAUAUCAACGCUUUAGUUCGUGCUGUACCCUCUACUGUUCGUCAAGGUUAUGGUAUGACAGAAACAACCAGUGGAAUCAUUUUACAAAGAGCUGGUCAAAGCGCUUCUGGAUCUAUCGGUGUUUUGGUUUCCAACAAUGAAGCUAAGAUUGUAGAUGAAAAUGAUAAUGAAUUGGGUCAUGAUCUACCUGGUGAAUUGCUUGUUCGUGGUGUUUCUAUUAUGAAGGGAUAUCUGAACAAUGAAGAAGCCAAUGCCAAGACUUUUACCAAGGAUGGAUGGAUGAGAACGGGUGAUGUCGCUGUAUUCAGCUCCAAGACAAAAGAAUUUUAUAUAGUGGAUCGUAUCAAGGAAUUAAUCAAGUACAAAGGUUUGCAAGUGGCUCCUGCUGAAUUGGAAGCCAUCUUGCUAGGAAAUGAAAAGGUAGCUGAUUGUGCUGUUGUUGGCGUUUACAAUUCAAAGGAAGCAACAGAAUACCCUCGUGCGUACGUUGUAUUGCAACCUGGAAAUAAAGAUACCCCUAAUUUGGCCAAGGAAUUAUCUGAUUAUGUUGCUGCCAAGGUAGCAAAUCAUAAGAAACUGAGAGGUGGUAUCCGUUUCGUGCAAGCUAUUCCCAAGAGUCCUAGUGGAAAAAUCUUACGCAAGGACAUUCGAUUAUGGAUCAAAAACGAAGAACAACAGGCUCAACAAAAGGCAGCAAGGCUUUAAAUAGAUUGUAGUUUAUAAAAUACUGGUUAUGAUGAUAGACUGUAAUAAAUAUCUGUACACAUCUUCGGACUUGCAU